GCUCCUUCUCUCUUCCCUUCCUCCCUUCGCUCAUUACCAUUCCUCUCCUUCUCUCCGCGUUUCAUCACUACUCUUUUGCUCCAUUCUCCCUUCCUCCUUUCGCACUCUGCUGGAAGCGUGUCCCAAAGGAGCAGUCGAACGCCUCGGCUCCCUUCGCUGCAUGUCUGCAUCCCUCGCUCCUUUCCUUCUAUCCAUCCUCUCAUUCUCCUCUUGUUGUUCCCUUCGCGUCGCCGCCAGUCGCUAUCCUCCACUUCCUUUUAUUGUCCGUCUUCCCCAAGAUCCUUACCCUACGCCGACUACUGCUUCUCCUCUGGAUCUACACGCGUGUUCCCUCUCCUUAAUUGAAUCCUCUUUUUUACAAUCUGGCUGCUGCUGCUGCUCUCCUUAUUCAGUCUCCAUUCCCUCUUCGUUUGCAUCCCACUCAUCAUGACCGUCGACGAUUCCGUUGUGCAAAAGCUCUGGAAGCUGACUAACGAGCUCACUGCCCAGCUCGUCUUCAACCGCAAUGCGACUCUGGAGCUGAAGCAGCAGCUUGCUGAUCUCCAGGCAAAGACAGCACAGAGUUCAUAUCCAAUCUCGGUCGUGCACAAUGUAGCUUUGCAUGCUACUCAAGAACAUACGGAUAUCAGUCUCAGGAUAGCGAACGAACGAUUGAUGGAAGAAAACUCGCAGCUACAGGAGCAACUACGCGAGUACGAGCGUUGGAUGGAGUAUAUCAUGGCAAAAUUCCGACUCCAGAAUGAGUUAGCAGUGCGACUGCAGGAAGAGAAUACAACGCUACAGGCACGGCUAGCAGAUGUGGGCGCAGUAGCAAGGAGGGCGAUCAGCGAGGAGUAUUACAAUACAGAGUCGAUCAUAGAGAUGCUAGAGAUCGAGAACCAAGGCCUUCGGGAGAUGCUUGGGGUAGCGUCAGACAACUUUGCCCCCAUGGCUGUGCGGCACCCUGGCAACCGGGUUUCAUUUCCAAGCACAGGGUCAUAUGUCCCAUCCAGUGGAAGUGAUCGGGAACAACAGCUUGGCACCAACGUGAUUGCGCCACCAUCUCCAUCAGAACAGACUGUCAAAGAAAGUGCUUUAUCAACAUCUCCAUCUUUGGCAUCGGUUGCUACACCUUCACCAACACCGCGUCCUUCAAAACCAACUGCACAGGAUACAUCUCCAAGCAUUGCCAUUAGCUCCGCGAUGAGCACGGCGUCCAACUCGACAGUGACAUCGCCUCGUACUAGGAAAUCCAGCACGGACUCUGAGUCUGUCGACAUCAAGGACAUGACCAGAAAACCAGCGGCAACAAGGAAGAAAUCCGAUGAGACCUCACCAGGGGCCGUGGGUACGAAGGGAGGAAUGACAAUCAACACGCAUGUUGUGCCAAAGCGGACCAGCAGCAUCACCAACAACAACAACACUACCAGUCAUGCUGGAGGCGGCUCGACUGGUCAAAAAGCUAAAAAGAGCAACAGGAACCCAAGAUCAUAG